GGAUAUUCGCUCAAUAAUUUGAGUUGUCAAAGUUGGGGAAAUAUUUGGGCUAUUUUUAAUUUUAUAGAUCUUGAGUCGAAAACGCAAAUAAACCGACUUUGAUUAUGUUGAGCGGAUUGCGCGGUGUUUCGCCAGCUUCGGAAGCUAUGUCGGAAGGCACACUCGAAAGAAACCGCGCGGAGAAAGCGCUUAUAACAAAAACACCGACGCAGAGUCAAGUCUUUUACAAUAAAUCGUGUGGAAAUGUUAAAAACUACUCUGACAAGAAUGGGAAUGAUGUUACGAAAACCGUGCAUAAAGGAAGAAAGACAUUCGCGUUUUGGACCCUGGUCUGUUUGUUGUUCGCACUCGCCAUAGGAAAUCUGUUUCUAACGUUCACCAUACUAGCAGUUUUGCGCCUUGGACAAGGCAUGGAGAGCAUGGAAUUUCUGCCCGAGCAUAAUGCUGUGAAACUGAUCGGAGAAGCUCAGUUGGAGCAUGUUUACAAACGUGACGGAUUGCUGGAGGGGUUCCGGGAUGUGCCCAUGAUGGUCACCAGCGAAAACGGCUCUGUCAACUUCAAUCUGCAGACUCGACUCUCCCGCCCGGACACCAAGCUAGUCGUGAACACGUCAGGAGUGUUCGUGCGAGGAGUCAGCUCCUUAGAGCUGGUGGACCCUGACUCAGGACGGCCGGUGUUCAGCACCGCCUCACCUGCUAUGAACAUACCUGAUGGCCUCAACAAUAUACGAGCUAAGCAAGUCUCCACUAAACGCAUAACAGCACCAGUAGACGAAGACUUGACCAUUCGCUCUGAAGGCUCAGCCCACCUGAGAGGCUCCGAAGGCACUCACAUGGAAUCCAAAGAACUCUACUGGAGCGCCGACCAGGACAUCUACAUCAAAUCCAUUAAUGGCUCCGUAGUUUUGAGCGGGAAAGAAGGAGUGUUUAUCGACGUCCACAAUUUGCCUAUAGCUUCUUCAAUAACUAAUACGGAUAAACAGGCCACUGGACAGUUCAAAGUGUGCGUUUGUAUGCCCCAAGGCAAGUUGUUCAGAAUAGCAGUGCCUACUGGACAGAAAGUCACAUGUUCUCAUGUGAAUAUGACGGGGGAUCUGAAUCCUUGCGCAUCUUGAGACUUUUAAACGUAGCGUGUUACAUUUAA